UUCCGCUGCCCUUUGCCGCCCUCUCGCGGGCGGAUCGAGACAUAGCGCAGGUUCGCGGGCGGCCACGCUGCUGCGCCAGCAUUUGGGAACGAGCCGAGGCCGCGAGCAGCAAGGCAGAGCCGGAAGAAGGCCGCCAUAAUGAUCAUCCCGGUUCGAUGUUUUACCUGUGGCAAGGUUGUAGGCAACAAGUGGGAAGCAUACCUGGGCCUCUUGCAGGCUGAAUACACAGAAGGGGAUGCUUUGGAUGCACUUGGCCUGAAGCGCUACUGUUGCCGGAGGAUGCUUCUGUCACAUGUGGAUUUGAUUGAGAAGCUUCUGAACUAUGCACCCUUGGAGAAGUAGCAUGCUACCCCGGAUCAGUCACAGGAGUGGGGCUGGAAUAUUUCUGUCGUGUGGAUUUACAGGCAUACCUUCACACCUUCCCUUGCAGUUUGAUCCAUUUCCUUAGUAUGUAUGAAAAUGACACCUUUCCACUAGAGGGUGCAGUUGUACAAUGGAAGGAUUCCAUCUCAUUCCGUUAUGUGGAAUAAAGAGAAAACGUCAUGAA